GUAAGCUUUACGAGAUAUAUCCUAUUCCCUUUCCUUCUGAUUCCCUUUCCAUACAUCAACUCACACUUCUACAACUACAUUUAGUUCUAACAUUAAAAUGAACCCUCCCCUCCCCUCCCUCACCCCAACCUGGCACAACACCACCUACCCUGCCAUUUCGCCCUCGCGCCCGGAACUCUCCGUCGCCGGCAAAACCAUCAUCAUCACCGGCGCCGGCAGCGGCAUCGGCCGCGCAACCGCCCUCUCCUUCUGCCGCGCCGGCGCCCACAAAAUCAUCCUGAUCGGUCGAAACGAACACAGCCUCCAAGAAACCCAGAAUGCACUUACCUGCGAUACAUCCAUCCAUGCACUCAGCGUCACGGACGAGUCCAGCCUAACUGACCUAGCCACUACCAUCGGACAAUGGGAUAUUUUAAUCCUAGGGGCUGGCUAUCUCGCCGGUCCAUCAUCCAUCGCGGAUUCAGAGAGUCAGGAUUGGUGGUUGAGUUUUGAAACAAAUAUUAAGGGCACCUACCUCCCCAUCAAACACCUCCUCCCAACCGCAAACCCCACCCACGCCACCCUCAUCGCACUCACCGCCGCGACCACCUUCCCGGCGAAUAUGGUCCCCGGUCUAUCCGCAUACAUGAGUAGUAAACUCGCCCUACACAAGGUGAUCGAGUACGUGGCGGCCGAGAACCCGGGGAUUUUUGCGGUGGCGUUGCAUCCGGGGAUGGUGGAGACGGGGGUGUUUCGGAAGAGUGGUGGGGAUAAAGAGGUGUUGCCGAUGGAUUGUGUGGAUUUACCUGCCGAUUUCAUGGUCUGGUUGGCGAGUCCGGAGGCGGGGUUUCUGAAUGGGAGAUAUGUUUGGGCGAAUUGGGAUGUGGAGGACUUGAGGGCGAAGGGGGAGGAGAUUAAGAAGGGGUUGGAGUUGAUGGUCGGGGUUUAUGGGUGGCCGUUUCGGAGUAUACCCUAGGGCUCUAGCUAGUUUGUAGGUGUCUUUGGGAGGGGGGUCAGAUUGAUAUCGGUCUAGUGUUGUUGAUGCAUGACUUUAUUGGAUGUUAUUCGUGGCAGGAAUAUCGAACCCGAGAGUACUCCGUAUACGGACUAUCUAAACCGUCUUAUAUCAGACACUAAACCAAUCCGAGCACCCCCU